AUGGACUCGAAAAUCUAUGAAGGAUUUUUACUAUACACAUGUCUACAAGUCGAUGAACAAUGUAAAGUAGAUUGUGCAUGCUGUAGAGAACGAAAAUGUGGACCAGGGCAAUAUUUUUACUAUCGCGAAUGCACUCUAGGCUGUAUAGAUGGUUAUAGAGGUUCUCGCUGCUACAUACGAUGUUCACACAACUGUACAAAAUGCGCUAAUCAUGAAGAUACGUGUACUGCCUGCUAUGAUGGCUAUUAUCCCGGCUUUGCAAAAGACUGCAAAUCACAAUGUUUACCCGGAUGUAAAACAUGCACGUCAGGAACCACGUGUACAUCAUGCAAAGAGGGAUAUGAUAACGCCGUUGGUCAAAAUGAUUGUAGUAUUCGUACCUGUCCUGAAAAUUGUAAUUGUGAAAAUAAUCAGUGUGUGUCAUGUAAGGACGGAUAUUACGAUACCAGUAAUUUAUGUGAUAGUUUAUGUCCAAGUAACUGUAUCACGUGUUUGUCGAAUACUGAUUGUGGAUCGUGUAAGGAUGGUUAUUAUAAAGGUUACCAGAACGACAAAAUUUAUCACCCUUUGUUGAACGACUGUACAUACAAAUGCCGGAGUAACUGUGUACGAUGCUUGUCCUAUAACAGUUGCUUGGUUUGCAAAACUGGUCUCUAUGGACCAAACUGUGAGAAAACUUGUUCGACUGGUUGUAUGUCAAACACUUGCGAUAUAUUAACUGGAAACUGUGAAUGUUUACCUUAUUUUGCUGGGGUAAGAUGUGAUAAAUGUAAAACCGGAACAUAUGGAAAUAAUUGCGAUCAACAGUGUCCUGUAGUGUGUAAAGGUAACGUGUGUGAAAAGGAAUCCGGAUAUUGUACAGACGGAUGUACAAUAGACACGAUCAUUGGUGACAAAUGUGACAUAUGUUCAACAGGCUGGUAUGGACAGUACUGUAACAUAUCUUGUUCUGUUGGCUGUAAAAAUCAGCAAUGCGAGAAAAUUAAUGGUGAAUGCUCCUAUGGAUGUCUUGAUAACUUUGAAGGAGGACAGUGCAAUAUCUGCAUACCUGGCAAGUUUGGAGAUUUAUGCAACCGUCACUGUCCAGUCAAAUGUGACAGGAACGGCUGCUUGAAAGACUCUGGCAAUUGUAGUAUUUGCAAUGAUAACUUUUCUGGAGGGAAAUGCGAAAAAUGUGCUGUUAGUUUUUAUGGUUCACGUUGCUCUGAAAGAUGCCCGUCUAAUUGUUGGAACAGUCUCUGUGAUAGAGAUACAGGCAAGUGCUCUGAUGGCUGUGUAGAUCAUUAUUCUGGUGACAGAUGUUGCAUAAAUAAUAGCAACUGUAUUACAUGUUUGUCAGAUUCUAGCUGUGUGCAAUGUAAGUCUGGAUACUUUAAUGACCAAUGUGACAAACAAUGCCCGACGAACUGUCUUAAGUCAUGUCAUAUCGAAACAGGUUUUUGUGUCAAUUGUAAAGGUAACUUUUAUGGUGAUAAUUGCAACUUUUCGUGUGCCUCUACAUGCAAUGUACAAACAAAUGCAGGUGGAAGUAUAUGUCAGCAGACAGAUGGUAAAUGUCUGUACGGGUGUGUUGAUGGUUUUCAUGGUUUACAGUGUUCUGAGAAAUGUUCUGUUUAUUGCAACGAUGCACUUUGUGACCAAAUCACUGGCAAAUGUUCAAAAGGUUGCAAAAUUAAUAUUUGCACUCUGGGGUCAGAUUCAAGAUCCUCAGAACAGUCAGCUGUUUUAUUACUUGGAACAAGUCUAAUUGUGUCAGUUGUUGCUAACAUUAUAUUUGUGGUUACGUUUAUUUGCUGGAAAUGUCGUAAAAGGGACAAUCAUGACAAGACCAAGGGACCUCUUUUUGAAAAUUCUGGUAUUGAACUGGAAUGUGGAAAUUCAGCACAUGCUGGCAAUAUCAGCAAUAAUAGCAGUGAUCAAGCAUCAAACAGCGACACAGCAACAAACAGUGACACUGUGUUUAAGUCACAUGACUAUGAGGUCUCUGGAAGAGUUCAAGUAUCCGAGCAUUAAUAUAGACAUAUUCGUCCAGACACUGGUUUUCAUUGAUGUGGUAAUAGCAGUUAGCAUAAGCAAAGAUAAAGUCUCAACAACAACAAUUAUUUAUUACUUUCAAAAAAGGUGUCACGUCAAUUGAGUAGCAAUUCGAAUUAUUUACAAUAGACUACAUUAAAUCAACACACAAACUAAUUGUGAAUAUGCAUUCAGUUUCGUCUCUUUUUGUUAAAUCUGAUACUUUGAUGUGUUUAGCACUUUUGUAAAAUACCUAAAAUAUUAUAUAAAAGUACAAUAAAACAUUUGACUGUGUGUUGUCAUUUCGAAGUCCACACAACUGAAUUUAUAACAAAUACAUGCAACAGACAUGCAUACUUAUAUAUAUAUAAUAAUAUCUCAUUCAUUUUAUUAAGCCAAAUCGCUUACAUAUUGCAUGCUGCGCACAAUCUUGUAUAAUGUUGACAUUA